AUGAGGUUACUCGCCUGCCUGUCGACGCUAGCUGCCGCCACUUUGGUGAGCUCGAUCUCGCUCGACUUCGGAGGGUCGCAAAACCCGAUUAUCCAGGACGACAAGGUUACUGUGCCGGGCGAGAAUCCUCUGGACUUCUGCACCGAUCCAAAGGACUACAUUCUCACCGUCGACUAUGUCAACCUGACGCCUAAUCCUCCCAGACCGUACGAGUUCCCUGCCGGAUACACACCAAGAAGCAUGGAAGCUGACCGAAGUAGUGGCGAGAAGCUUGUUAUCGAGGCCAACGGCACUUUCUCACAGGACAUCGAGCCCGGCGCAACCGUGUUCCUUCAGGUCAAAUACGGUCUCAUCACGUUGAUCAAGCAAGAGGCUGAUCUAUGCGACAACCUCCCCAAGAUCGACAUGGAAUGCCCCGUCAAGAAGGGUGUUUUGACAAUCAAGAAGGAAGUCGAUAUUCCCAAGCAAGUGCCCCCUGGGAAGUACACAGUUCUUGCCGAUGUCAAUACCGUCGACAAGGAGAAGAUCACUUGUAUGGAGAGUGUCGUCUACUUCUCCAAGCAAUGA